AGCAUGCCCUGGGCGGGCGGGGGCCUUUCGGCCACCGUGGCGUUGGUUGCCAUGGUGCCGUAACGGGUCUGCGGAAUGUCGCUGGCCGCGCUGCCGCUAUCUCCCGCGCGGGUGUUCGCGGAGCUUUUAGCCCCGCCGCUCGGGGGCCGCGGGCGGGAGAGCGAGCCGGUGCCGGGGCUCCCCGGCGGUCGCAGCGCCCCAGUGCCGCCAGGGCGGGAGGUUCAUGUGAGCGGCAGCGCAGAGCUGCGUGCGGCCCCGGACCGGGCGCGGGUCUCCAUCCGGCUGGGGAGCAGGAAGGGGGAGGCCGGGGAGGCGCGGAGCAGCGUGAGCCGGCGGCUGGAGUACAUCGCGCAGAGCGCCCGGCAGCGCGGGGUGCAGGAAGAAAAUGUGACUGUGACAAAGGAUUUUAGGAGAGUAGAAAACGCUUAUCAAAUGGAAGCAGAGGUCUGCAUUACAUUUAGUGAUUUUGGAAAAAUGCAGAACAUUUGCAACUUACUCGUUGAGAAACUGGGUAGUUCUGUUAUCAUCAGUCCACCGCACUUCUACCAUACAGCAGAGGCUGUAGACACCCUUCGGCGUCAAGUAUGUCUUGCUGCUGUUGGGAACACACGUCGAAAAGCUCAAGAAGUCUGUCGACUGUUUGGCCAGUCACUGGGAAAGCCGCUGCUAAUCAGAGAAGAGGAAAUGAAAGAGUGGGAAGGCCAAAUAGACAGUCACCCAUCCAACUCCUCAGACACACUCACUGUGCAGCAGAGAAUCCAAAGUGCCACUAUUUAUGCUUCUUCAAAAGUAUUUGCUAUUUUUGAGAUAAAGGGAAGAGAAAAGAGGAAAAACAAGCUUAUCUAGACACAUGUUAAAGGAUUUUUCUUAUUUGUCUCUGACAAAUCGUGGAAUAAAUAUAUGUACUUUAAAGUACAAAUUUAUUCAGUUUUUCAGACCUGCAUCUUCCUCUAUAAAUGAUCAGGAAAAACUAAUUAUAACAUUAGUUGUCCGACCCCUUCCCCCUCAAAAAAAUAAGACCAGAUUGUUCUCAGAACUACCUGGAGACACACAAAUAGUUUUAUCAUGGUUUUUCAAACAAAUUGAAGGUGGACACCCCAAGCUACACUGAAAUCAUUGGCAGUUUCCAUGAGAGGAGAGGAAGGCUCAAAGGCUUUAUACAUACUUCAUGCCAUCACUAGUAUUCCUCCCCUUUCUACACCCUUAUUUACAGUGGGUAGAGUUGGGUAGGACACCAGUAGGAAGCUCAUAUAUACAGCUUUUUUGUAUGCUAAAGUAAAAAGGCCUCCAGCACAUUUAUUUUCUCUCUUACACCUGGAGAAAGACUGAUUAAAUAUCAGGUUCCUUAGAUACUAAUUUGUGUCCUAAGAGUUGGUCUAAACAUACUAAGCAAAGAUAAGUAGCUCAGUGUACACUCCUUCAAAAAAGUAGAUAUUCACAUUACAGAUUUACUUACUGCAAAUAUCCACAAGAACUUGUUAACAUUUAGUCCCAGUUGGCCUCCAUCUAGAUCAGUGCCCUUCAACUAGUGUGAAUAUAUUACUUUUGAAGAAACACUGCAUGCUAGACUAUUUAGCUUGCACAAAAAGCUAAAAUAUUUGAUGUGCAGAAUGUUUGGUGCUGCAAGUUGCAAUGCAGCUAUAUUUAAAGCUUUCAUCCCAAGCUAGUGAGAACUAAAUUAUUCAUUGUCCUCAGUUCACAAUAUUCUGAUUAUAUAUAUAGACAGAGAGAAAAUGUUUUACUUUAGUAACCUCAACAUAAUGCAUCACUGAAUAUGUAAUGGAACUGAAAUAAGCUAUUAACAUACACAUCAAAAUAAGCCAUUAACAUAUGUUUCAUAUAGAGUUCAAUUUUAUUUCUUUAAUGAAAUAAUUUACAAAUCAGUUUUACCCUAGUUUCCAUUUGUCCCAGUUUAAAAAAGGAAUGCACUGUGCAGUUGUACAUCACAUGCACAAUUUACAUAUAAUGUUAAAUACUUCAGUCAUGAGGGUAGAUUUUUCUCAACCAUGCUUGCAUAAUGUAUUUAGAUCCAUCGUAUCUACUGAAGUAAGCUGUCAGAUCAGGAUUGUGUAUCUGCAGAAAGAAUUUUACAAAUUGAUUGGUAACACCAACAUUACUGAAAAAGGCUUGGUGGUUUAACUGUACUGUAGCUAUUAAGAUUAAUUUAAAAAAAGACUCUUGAAUAGCUGUUAGUAAUUGUUUCUGUGGCACAAACUCGUGAAGUUAAAACUGAGAAAAGCAUGUACAAGUACACUGUAUAUAUUUUAGUUUUUCAAGAGGUCAAAGCACUUUGACAAAUAAGCCUCACUUCGGUCAGGUAGUUAGAGAUAAGAAGACUAAGUGAUUUGUCCAAAUUGGACUAAGUCAGUGAAAUCCAGGAAUAAAGCCCAUCUUUUGCAACAGCCUAUUCACAACAGACACCAAAUUGAUAUUUUAGAAAAUCCCAAGGUCAAACAACUGGACCCUAGAAAGAUGAAAGUAGGAGCACCUAAAUAAGAUUAUUAGCAUUCUAUACCGACUUAAGAUAUAUAUACAAAAAGUAUAGCAAAAUCAUUCCAUUUGCACCUGUACAAUUUAUGUAACAUUUGCGUAUCUGCUUUUCCUAUGACCUUUCUCUACCAUUGCAGAAUGUUUACCUAUUUAGUCUAUACUGAGUAGGUCAAAAACCUUUUUGAUUACAAAAGGGUAAUAAACAAUUUAAAAUUAAAAAAGACUUCACUCUUACAAACAAAGAUACUACCUCUAAUCCUGUAAUAAUUGUUAUCUCCUCCUCAGGAAUGUAAACUGUAGUCUUGCCAAAGCUGUUGGCUUGGUUAAUAAGAAUUCGGUAGUGAGGAGUAUCUCUUAGACCCUGUAAAAGAACAAAUAAAAAUAAGCCACAAGAAAGUAUUCACAUGAACAUGUUACACUUCAGGAAUAUUUUCCUUAGACACAGACAAAGUCCUAUCCCCCUAACAUCUUAAAUCAAAAUUUAAGAAAAAAUAAAGAGUCCUAUAACAAGUUAGCCUUCUGGAAAUAUUCGACCUUUUACACAGGCAAACUGCUUUUAUUUUGUGGCAAGUUUCAUCACCAUUAACUUCUGUUUUACAUUUAUAUAGUUAUACAUUUCUUAUUAAAAACUAUAUGAUAAAACCCUCCUUGGCAUAGCUGAAGCACUUCUGAAAAGUCAAGAUCACAAAGGACAAGAUCCUCAGACUUUGAUUAGUCCCGUCUGCGCCACCUCAAGUGGAGAAAAGGGGACUUAGAACUUCUAGGGAAAGAGAAAUUUCUUACCCGACAAUUUUCUGUUACCAGCUUCUCUCCAAAUUCAUUACUAAUGGGCUACUGCCCCCCACCUAUGCAAUUCGGAGACAGUCCAGUGCGGUUGUUGGAA